CGACGUACACUCUUUUUCUUUGUUACCCAUAUCAGGUGGUGCUUUAUCUCCCCGCCUUCCCCUUUGUCACUUCCAUCACUCAAAUAAGGUACCAAGAUCUCUUCAUUAAUCACGGUAAAAACCUGUAUUUUAUUCCGGUAGUGAUUUACCAGACAAUUCCUUCUUCCACAGGACCUUAGAGAUGCUUGGUCCUCUGGUUCAUAUCCCUCGAAUACUGCGUCUUGCCCUCCUCUGUGCUUUUAUCGUAAUAGUGCCGACCCUCUACCUUCUCUAUCCGUCCGAAGAGCGCCUACCCGCUCCAGGAGAAUGGCAAGCAGGAGGAAUAGAUAGCGAACAUUGGCGAGAACCGGUGAAGCCGGAUUUCGCAAGAUAUGAGCAUGAAGAGGGGCGGGCAUGGGGAGAGGAACUAUUGACUCAAAAAGAUGCGAGUGUGGCUAUGGAUGAUGACGUGAUUCACGGCGGCGUGAUCAUGCCCAAGCUGGGAAAUGCCACUGCCAAGGCUGAGCUGGGAAGAGCGGCCUGGAGAGUGCUGCACCUCAUGACACUUCGCUAUCCCGAUGAACCGACUGAAGACGAUCGUCUAGCCCUUAAAUCCUACUUUCAUCUUUUCUCUCGUCUUUAUCCUUGUGGAGAAUGUGCUCAAGAGUUCCAAAAGCUAUUGAAAGAAUAUCCCCCUCAAACGUCUUCCAGAAAGUCUGCUAGUCUCUGGCUUUGUCAUGUGCAUAAUCAAGUAAAUGCUCGUUUAGGCAAGCCGGAGUUUGACUGUCUCACGUUAGACGAAACAUAUGACUGCGGCUGCGGGGACGACGCAGACACGUCUAGCUCUGUUUCGAUCGCAUCUUCGCCGUCUUCUGCAGCCACCGAUUUCUCUGACGCCAACGACGUUAAUGUCGUCAAGGCCAUGACUGAGGCUGUUGAUGACCCUACCAUCCUUAGUCGCGGAGGUGCAGCUUUGCAAGGAGAGUUUGAAGUGGUGGCAUCUGGAGAAGGUGUGGGUCUUUCUGCCGAAGAAGUCGACGAAGAAAGAUUACUGGAGAAGGAAGAGCGUGAGAUUAUAAGUCAGGAGCAGGUGGGAGUCCAUGAAUGGAGAAAGAGUCAGAUCGUAAAGGAAGAAGAGUGGGAAAAAGAAAAGGCCAACCAUGGUCUCGAUUGAGGGUAUGAGUAGAAAUGAACGGAAGUUUCAGGAAAUUGUCUCCAUACUACUAGAUGUCUCAUAGUACAGAUUUUCGGUCAUGUUGUAUUGUACACACAUGCAUAUUCGUUCCGCGCAC